AGACGCGCCGCUGAACGAGUAAGGCUGGUUUUACAGUCACGCCGCUAGACGCGCCGUUGGACAGCGCGCUGUUGGACAGCGCGCGUUUGAACAGCGGUGCACCAACUAGUACGGCGCUCCUCAAUUAGUACGGCGCGUUUCGCUGCUGUGAGACAGUCGUGUACAAACAGAUACAAAAUGAACGGCAAUGCGGUUAGAGUACUGGCUAUUUACUUUUUAUGGAAAAAAAGGCAACAAAAACGUCGAAGAACAGUAGGUGUUGAUCCUUAUAACGCUACAAGGUUACUGAGAGGCGAACACGUAACAUCUUUCUCUGAUUUACGAGAAAAUAGUUAUAAAUUUUAUAAAUAUUUUCGCCUAUCAACCAGCAGUUUCGACGAAUUACUGUGCAAGUUAGAGUUUUCUUUACGAAGAUCCAGCAUACGUCGCAUCCCCAUAGCUCCAGUGGAAAAAUUGGCGAUUACUCUAAGGUUUUUGGCAACGGGCAGUACUUUCUCCGAUUUAUCUAUCACAUACAGAAUGGGAAUCACUACUGUAGCUAAGAUAGUAGAUGAAGUUUGUUCGACUAUAUGGGAAAAACUGCGUCAUGAAUGUCUACCUGAACCAACUACAGAAAUGUGGCAGCGCAUAAGUGAAGAAUUUCAGUUAUAUGCAAAUUUUCCAAAUUGUUGCGGGGCGAUAGAUGGUAAACACAUACGUAUAGUAAAUCCUGCAGGUGGAGGCUCAAUGUUUUAUAAUUAUAAACAUUUCUAUUCUAUCGUCCUUUUGGCAAUGUGCGAUGCGAACUAUUGUUUCACAUAUAUUAACAUAGGUUCUUGCGGGAAAAACUCAGACUCUACAAUAUUUCAAGAGAGUUCACUAUUUCAAAAGUUACAGAACAAUAGUUUGAGGUUGCCAGGUGUAAAGCAUCUGCCGGGCACUAAUAUAACAGUACCACACAUAAUAGUUGGUGAUGGUGCAUUUGGUAUAUCCAACCAUGUGAUGAGACCUUAUGUGCGAUCCAACAUGACUCAUAAAAAGAAAAUAUUUAAUUACCGCUUAAGUCGUGCUAGACGGUACAUAGAGUCGACGUUUGGAAUAAUGUCCAACAAAUUCAGAGUAUUCCAUACUCCUAUGAGUGUCAGUUUUCCUAUUGCAAAAAAGAUAGUUCAAGCCUGUUGCAUAUUGCAUAAUUUUAUUAGAGUACGGGAUGGCUACAACGUUAAUCACACAUUAACUAUAACGGGAUUGACUGAUCUAAUUAACGACCCAGAUCAUAGAUCAGGAAACACAUUACGCGAUAUAUUCGCUAAUUACUUCGUAUCACCCACUGGUAGCGUGUCAUGGCAAGAUAGAUCUGUGUUCUGAUUUUAUAGUUGACACCUACCGCGAAAUUCAAAAAUGGAACGAAACGAAACGCAGUAAUAUCGUCGUGGCUUAUUUGAUUUACCUACCCAAUUAAUAUUUUUCACUAGGUGACCCGGCAGACGUUUAUGUUUUAAUGGAGGAUGGAGGAUUUCGUUUGUGCAACUAGCGGUAAACAUGUAUGUAACAAAAAAGAUUUUAUUAAUAAAUGUUUCUUACCUAA